AAUUAAUAAAUUUAUAUAAAAUAAUUAUAAAUAAUCUAAACAAACCGCAAAAAUGCCAAUUCAAUUGGAUAAAAUUUUAGCUGAUAUUGCCGAAGAAAAGCCAUUGCAUCCGCUAAGCGAAGCCGCGAAAAUAAAAAAAGAUCAAGAUGAGGCUUGGAUUAAAGUUGGGAAGAAAAACAAACUUUCUGCACACGAGGCCAAAUCGAUUUUUAAAGUUCUGCAAAAGAAAUACGAACAAGAGAAGCUGAAGCCAUCGAGUACAUGGAAGCUGUUUCAACAAAUGGAAGAUAUAUGCAAAAAACAAGAAGAAUGCAAACCAAAAAUAGAAGAAGAAGAAGCCGAACAGGAAGAUGAAUCUAUGGUGGAAUUUCUUGAAGUUCGUGAAGAAGAUGACGAUUACGAAGAAGACAGCGACAACCAAGACAAAUCUAUGAAAAGCAACAAUCACAGCCCAACAACAUCACCAGAUAAAGAAACUCCCAAUACUGUAGAAGCUAAGCCAGAGCUCAAAGUUCUUAACUCCAAUUUAAUGGUGACACAGGCCUCAACUGCAGUUAAGCCGGAAUACAAUCAACCACAACAAAAACAAACACCUAUUUCAAAAGCUCUUCAAGCCAAAGGCAUAAGUGUUCGAAAGACAAAUUUGGGACAACCCAUGAAACAGACAACCCUAACUAAAAUGACAAGAGGCCCAGGAUCUGAGAAUGCCCGCUCAAUGUUGCUGCCUGAUUCAAUUAAACGCAAAUUGCAGAAUGUUGAUAUGCAACGUGAAGAAGCAACACCUAACAAGAAAAUGAACAUCGCAUCAUCACAAACAUCAACUGCACCAAUUGCACAGAUUCCGGAAGUAGAAAUAAAAAAGGAGAAUAUAGAAGAUAUGGAAACAAUAAUUACCCCAACAGUUACGUCCGGAACGGGAAUUAAUGUCAUAACGAUUCCAUCAAAUAACCAAACGAUUUCGAGUGAAUUAUCUAAUGGCAUGACAACACUCAAAUCGAAUGGCUUUAAUACACAAUUGGAAGAUUUAGAUUUCCAAAAAGACAUCAUUUUUGAAAAUAAUCCAUCAAGUAGCUCCAAAGCAAUCGGACAUACAACCGCUCCUGGAGAGAUAAUAAAUAUUGGCAAUUUCGAUAAUCAGCUUCCACCGACAUUUUUCAAAAAUCUCUGCAAUUCAAAUAGACACGAAGCUCUUGGUUUGUAUGUUGCUAAUGUUAUGAAUCGCGUUACUGGUAAAACAGCCGCUAAAUUAGAAAUAAAUAUCCUGAAAGCCAUCAUAGAAGCACAGUCGGACGAAAUGGCGCGACUAUAGAUUUAAAAUACUGACGAGAGUGUAUCUAUAUAAUCUAAACAUUGUAUUGACGAAAUUGUCUAAAUUAUAUUUAAAUUUUUAUAUCAAAUGUUUUUAAUCAAGAAAUUGAUUAAAAUUAAGAAAAAGCAAAAGCUCAUGUUGUUGUAUGUGUUUGGUAUUGUUUUUCGAAGUUUAAAUAUAUUCAGCUUUUAAGUUUAAACACA